GACAUUCCCCCGGGAAGAAACGCCUGCGGAAGAACUGGAGUAGGGAGUCCACAACUCCGGACUUCAUUUCCCAGGCGGCCGCGCGCACGACCGGAAGUGCCUGGAGCCUAUAAGAGAGGGAGGCACCCGGAAUUUUUUGAUUCUGGGUGGCUGUACCCGGCAGCUGGGUGUGUGCGUUGCGUUCCAGAAAGUCCCUGAUUCCGUCUGCCCGGAGUCCUGGUAGCUGCGACUCCGGGUGGCCAGAGGCGGGCCUCGGAGACCCCCUGCGACCCUCCGUGGUUCGGGGGUGUGGUUGCACAGGCACGAAAGCUCUUCGGAAGUCGCAGUCAGCAGGCGGAGCCCCUCGCCAUAGUUUUCACCGAAGGUUAGGUAGGACAGACAGCCGCCCUCCGUCCCCGCAGAAGGAGUCAGGGAUCGGGAUCCAGAUUCCUGGAGCGGUUUUCCUGACAUCUGAGCCAAACGAGAGCAGUCCGGAAGGACCGGUCUAAUCACUGUGGUGCUAAGGAGCACCUUGCAUAUUACCUACCUCCUGGCUGGAAUUCAGGGGUCCUCACCCUUGGGCCCUAACUUUACAGAAGCUACGUUUGGAAGAAAAGAAAGUCAUGAGAGAUACCGUCUGAUGGCCGGAGCCUGCUGACCGAGUGCUUUAUGCUGACUUCCCUUGGGGGGGGUGACUGAACAUCUGGUGACCUGAAACUUCCUCUGCUCUUCUGGGGACUAAGGGGACGCCUCUGAGGCUGGGCGGCAAAUCUCUGAGCUCAGUAGUUGCGUCAGGAAACUUGUAGGAAGACGGUGGCAUUAUUUUCUCCAUCUAGCCUUACGCAAGCUUGGUCUUCCGCCAGCCCUCGGAUCUCACUUUCUCAGUGAUCACUGCCAACUUGAACCACACUGGGAGAGCUCAGUGUCUUUUUCUGGUUAGGUGGACACCUGUCGUGGAGAAGACUGGCAUGACGUGUUGUUCGAGCCACUGAGAGGCCUGGGAAGAUGACAAGACCGACCCGACAAAUGCGAAGUGGUUUGCUCCAGGUGCCUCACUUCCUAAGGAUCGGAGUCGAGGCCCCCACCCUGUCGGCCUGCCAGUAAUUCUCAAGCUGGUGUGCGGGGUGUGCUCCAGCCAGCAGAGCCGGCAGGGACGCGUGCCUGCUGCCGUUCCCGGGCGCCUGAUCAGAAUGGCCGUCGGGUGGUUCUACUUGUCCUCCUACGCCCUGUCGCUCCUGGGCCUGAUGUGCGUCAUCCUCACCAUCUACUGGAUGCAGCUGUGGCACGGUGGCUUUGCCUGGGAUGGCUCCGCCCGCAUGUUCAACUAUCACCCCGUGUUCAUGGUCACCGGCUCUGUGGUGAUCUACAGUGCUGCGUCGCUGGUGUACCGCCUGCCGCAGUCGUGGCUGGGGCCCAAGCUGCCGUGGAAGAUCGGCCACGCGGCCCUGCACCUGCUGGCCUUGGCCCUGACCGUGCUGGGGCUGGUCGCCGUCUUUCAGUUUCACAACCACGAAAAAAUCACCAACCUCUACUCCCUGCACAGUUGGCUAGGCAUCGUCACCGUCUUCCUUUUCGCCUGCCAGCGUUUUCUCCUCUUCAGGAACAACGACACGCAGCCAUAUACCAGUCUGCCCAGUGAAGCUGUCUUUGCCAACAGCACUGGGAUGCUGGUGGUGGUCUUCGGGCUCCUGGUGCUCUAUAUCCUGCUGGUUUCAUCUUGGAAACGCCCAGAGCCAGGGAUCCUGAGCGAAGCACAGUCCCUGCUGCCUGACGGGGAGUGAGGAGGGAAGGGCACCCACGAGCAGGCCGCGGCGGCUCCCCUCAGCGGCUCUCCUCUGCCCGGGGCUCCUCUCUGGUUUCAGCAACAGACUCGCUUUGGGCUCUCGGCCCAAACCUCUUGCCUCCGUGUGGGGCCUGCUCACCCCACCAACCUGCUGCCCGCCCGCCGGCUCUGCCUGGUGGCUUCUGUACCCCUUCCUGGCAUCGCCUUCUCGGGCCUUCCACGCACACCACCCCAGCUGCUCACGCUGUCCCUGCUGUCUUUGUGAAGUCAAGCCGAUUUCCCCUGUAGGCCCCUAAGGCCCCGGUAGAAAGUCUCUCCAGCAUACGUGAGCCAGGACGCGUGCCCCGUGUGUGACAAGCAAGGGAGUCAGGGGUGUUGGGCAGCUUCCUCUCCCCCCCCCCCCGCCCCUACCUGAAGGCGUGCAUUUUAUUUGGGCCACCCCGACCUUAGGGGCGGGUGGCCUCUGCUGCACCCUCCAUCUGGCCCGCCCAGCUGGAGGCUGGAAUGGAGACGAUGGAAGGUGACGGAAGGAGAACUUCCACCGAGAAGCUGAGGAGCUGAUUGCUCUUUGCUGUUCUGUUUUGUGUUGCCGCACUCCGUGUCCGCCUGCACUGUGACCCUGGCCUAGACCCUGGCCUUUCUGUGUGACUUAUGUGCCUGUUAGUGUCAGGCAGCCCGAGGAACCCUGAUGGCCUGCUCUCCCAAGAACCGUGUGUCCCCGGAUGGCCCAGUAGGGAGGAGCCCCAGGGGCGCCUCUGACUUCCUUUCCUGCCCCCUCCCUGGAUCAGGGCAGGCUCAGCCUCGCUCUCCUGGCUCAGCCCCUGCCCAGCUGAUUUUCACUCUGCCCAGCUCCCUGCGCAGCAAGCCAGCGUUGUGGUGCCUUGUGCCCCUCAGAGCCCUGGGGUCACGGCCACUUCCCAAGGCACUCCCUGAGUGUCUCAUUGGCCCCCUCAGUGGCUCCUUGCUUGGCCAAACCCAGUCUCAUGUUAUGCCAGAGGGCGAGCAGCUGGAGGGGGUAUGUUGGGGGGACAGGACAGGGGAAUCCUGAUGGUGCUGUGGCUUUUCCUGCCCUCUCCUAAUGAGCCCUGCAAGGGCCCAGCCCCAUACGGCCAUGCUCAGUGACCAGCAGCACUUAGUCCGGGCAGGUGGCGAGGAGGCGGACCCUCCACCCCAAUCCCACGUGGCCCAAUGUCAGCAGGACUGUGACUAGGCUUCCUGAGGGGACGGAGCCUUUGAAGCCCCUGGGAUGGCUGCCAGGCACCUCGGUCAUGUGCCCAGCGCCCCCUCUUUCUGUGUGGGUGGGCCCAUGACUGGCUCAUAUGGCUUAGUUUCCGUUUACUGUGGUUUGAAGAAUCAAAGCCUUCUCUACUAUAAUCACACUGUGGCGAAAUGAGCUCUGAGAAACUUGUAAAAGCCUCAGGACAGUUCUGCCCGUGAGACUGGGGAGGAACACACCAAAGGCACCAAAGACCUCAGGACUUCCCUCCUGGAAUGGUAUAUGACUCGUGGUAUGUCCGGAUGUCCUUAAUAAUGAAAAGCUUCUGAGUACUCAGUUAUCUCACAAGGAAAUGUUUCCUGUUUUAUAACUGGAACUCAGAAUAAGUGACUUGGUCACUGGUCGAGGUCCCUCAGCCAGGAAGUGGUAGAGUUGGGAUCCACAGGCCAGGUGUUUAUGCCAGUCUCCUUCCCGGCUGCUGGGUAUGUACACCUGUGUAGACUGAUAACCAAACCUAGCGAUGAGGGACCUGAGGUACAGACCCACGGUGGACAGGGGACCCUGGAUAGGGCAGCCCAGGGACUGAGGGAGCCUGUAGCCAACCUUGGGCAAAAGUGAUGGAGGGGCCCCUUCCUCUGUGACCAGCUGCAGAUCCCUCCGGGUGGUGGAGCAGAUGACCCGGAAGGAGCUGGGUGCAGACACUAGUGAGAACAGGGUCUCAGUGAGGGAGCACCUGGGCUGGGGGGGGGUGCUUUACCUUGAGUUCACGUCUGUCCCUGUCCAUAUCUCUGUGAGAUGGGUACUGUUCUGACUGUACAGAUUCCAAGAGGCUAAGUAAUGGGCCUGGGUUUAUGUAGCUAGUUGGAAGCCAAAUCGGGGUUUAGUUGUGGGUGAGUCCCCGCCAGUGCCUUUAACUGCGCCCCGGCACCGAGCUCAGGCCCAGCGUGCGCUGCACCAUCUCUGCCAUGCACCAGCCUCAGCAGCCCCUCCUGCCUGCCCCGGUGCCAUCAGGGACUGCCUUAGGGACCUGGGGUUUGGCCUGGGGGCAGCUUCUGUCCUACCGCUGAGCUUAGGAAUAUGGUGAUUUCAAAAAAAGUUAUGUAUAGAUAUAUGUAAACAUAUAAAAUAUGGUGGUUUCUUCUGGU